UGUGGAAGUUAUCACUGGCGGGUUUCCCAUCUCGAAUCCUCCACUAUGGAAAGCGAUAAGUAUGGGAAAGACAAGUUCCUCAAUCCUACCCCUUACUACUGUAAUCUCUGCAAAGUCUAUUGUGCAUCUGCCGUAAAUCUGCAGACUCACUUCCUUGGAAUCAAACACAAAGCGGUGGAAGACGCGUUGAAAGCUCAUGGCAUUGUUAAGCCUCUGCACGGUUCAGGAGAGCCAGUCAGACUACCAGAAAGCCUUCCAGAAGGUGUUCACGUGGUGUCUGAAGAAUCUCUAGGAAAAACUUUGGAAGAACAGCUCAAUUCAUGUAGAGAUGCUGAACCUGCCCUUGGUCUCCAAUAUAUAAUUGAAUAUCGGUCAAAAGAGGGCCCGAUUUACGAAUGUAAUCUCUGCAUAUGUCAAGGAGGACUAACAAACAUGUUCAUGCAUGUUUUGGGAAUUAAACACAGAAUGGCAUAUCUGAAAAAACAUCGCCCUGAACUAGCGGAGGUGAAAGGCCGAGGUUCCAAACUGAAUGCAAGACUUAAAGAGCUUGCUGCGAAAGUUGAAGAAGAGGAAGGAAGACAGCCAAUAAGGAGUACAAUGGAUCUUCCUAUUCCAAAGGAUGACGAAUAUUCACUACAGCUUUCAGACUCUUUUGUCACUUGGUUUUCUGAAGGUGAGCUGUUAGAGUGA